GGAAUGGAAUGGAUGGGUGGAGAGGGGAAUGGAGGAGGGAAGGAAGUGAAGGAGAGAGAGGUUUUCAUAAAGUGUUUGGCAAAGACCCUCUCAGUCCUGCACAGCCUCUCAAGAGGGACUCAAGAGGUACUGGUUCUCACUGGUCAGCUGCAGCAGACUUGUGUGUGAGUUCUUUCCUGCGUGUGUGACCAUGCGCGGUGUGUGCGUGUUCCUUUUGGUAUGCAUCAUGGCGCUAUCCGUUGCCAUGCCAGACAGGCAGGACCCGUUUCUCUGGCUGUCCGCCCUGCAUGGUCGCGGUUACAACGAGGGAUCCCUAUUGGCCGACACCACCGGGGGGGAGUGUCCUGAUGAGUGUGACUGCCCGCCCUCCUUUCCCAUCGCUAUGUACUGUGACGGACGGGGGCUGACAGCCAUGCCCACCGUGCCCUCCAGGAUGAAGUACCUGUACCUGCAGCACAACGAGAUCACCGCCCUGCCAGACUCCGCCCUGGCUAACACUACUAACCUAGUCUGGGUCAUGUUGCAUCACAACGCGCUGUCUACAGACAAAAUCGGCAAGAGGGCGUUUGCCAAGCUGCAAGGGUUGGAACGUCUGUACCUACAACAUAACAACCUGACUGGUGUUCCCCCCAACCUGCCACGCUCACUACGAGACCUCAGACUCAACAACAACAACAUCAACAAGAUUACACCAGAGGCCCUGGAGGGCAUGGACAACCUGACCAUCCUGUAUCUCCAUGGCAACGCUCUGACGGAGAUGGGCACAUCUCUUAGGGGGUUGAACUCACUCACACUCCUCGACAUCAGCGGCAACAAGCUGAAAAAGGUUCCAGACAGCCUCCCAGAGCACAUCCACCAGCUGUACCUGGAGUCUAAUGCCAUCAGCGCUGUCCCAGAGGGAUUCCUCAGUAAGUUCUCCCAGCUGCAAUACAUUCGCAUGGGCCACAACCAGCUGACGGACAAGGGCAUCCCCCCCAACACCUUCAACGUGACUGGCCUGGUGGAGCUGGACCUCAGCUUUAACCAGCUGGAGAGGAUCCCCCCCGUCAGCCAGACGCUAGAGCACCUCUACCUACAGGCCAACCACAUCAAAGAGUUUACCCUGGGUAGUUUCUGUAGUGUCGUGGACGUGAUUAACUUCUCCAAACUGAGGACGGUUCGUCUGGAUGGGAAUGAGAUCAGCACCGCGGAUGUCCCCUCCGACUCAGUCCUUUGUCUGCGCAUGGCCAACAACAUUGAGGUGUAAUGCUCCCAUCUCACCACCAGGCUGCAGCACCAUCAAGGUGUGAACAACCAUCUCAACACUGGAAUGCAGCAUUUCCAGUACACAUCUGCAACUCCCCUAUUUCCUGAACGGAGGGCAGCAGUUUGAUCGUCACUAGCUACCAAAGCCACAAAGUCAUAAUUAUGGCUAAACCCCACCUAUUUCUAUAAUAUAUUAGCCAUUUAGCAGACGCUUUUAUCCAGAAUUACUUGCAGUCAUGCAUGCAUACAUUUGAAGUAUGGGUUGUCCUGGGAAUCGUGCCAAGCGCUGCCAACUGAGCAACAAUUUCUCUGCCCAAAAUCUUAUUUUAAACCUAACCCUAACCUUAACCUUGCUAAACCAUACUGCCUAACCCUAAUCUUAAAUGAAGACUGAGAAGAACAUUUUUGCUUUCAUUAAUUUUGACAAUAUAGCCAAUUUUGACUCUGUGGCUGUGAUAACUAGUGACAAAGCAGCAGUCCUAACUUUAGCAUCACGUUGCAAUUCCCCAAUCUCACCAAGAAGGGGCAGCAGAGGGGUAUGAGACACAAAGGCGCAACAAGUUUAUUUUGGUUUAGUUUGUUUUACUAAUAUCAUUCAAAAGGACAUUAGCAUACAUCUCCUUAUCAGGACAAGUUAGAAAUAGAAUGUUCAAAGCAUGUUGAAAGUGCUUCCAAAGUCAACUUCAUGUCAACUUUUGACGGUCAGAAAAAAAUGAUGGACGAAUGGUGGUUCUGGCCAUAAUUUACUUAUUUUGUCUGACAACAUAUGAGCCUCAGAGAAAUACCAUUGGAUCAGAUCUCUGUGUUCCGGCCCUAAUCCGAGUAGGGAUGUAACUGUUGUGAUUUAUGAUAUGAUUUAUGAUGUGAAAGACAUGUAGGCCUACCGCAUGUAUUGGUAUUAGUAUUGACUAGCCUUGGUGUUUUGAUGUCCUUUACAGGGCUAUCUUAUUGACUUAAUAAAGGGAUUCAUGUUUUAUUAGGA